AUGGACUUCAUCGAGCAGCAAGAAGGUGCCAGUAGUCACAGUCCAUCAACAUCGCAUCCGGAAGAGCAUUCUACAUCAGGUUCAGGAUCCUCCGUAGAGACCAAAGUCUUGCGUUCCAGCGCAAGAGUCAAAGCUGCAAAGCAGAAGGAAAGGGAAAAGGAACGCAUUACCGCGGAGCAGCAGCCUUCCUCUUCGCCUUCAUCCAAACGUGGCCGCGAGACAGGCAAGGGAAAGGCGAAAGAAGUAGUGUCUGACGAGUCCUCACGUGCGAGUAAGAGAGCACGUCGCGCCACCUAUCCCCCCAACACUGCCCUAACUAUCAACGAACCUCCGAAAGACGCCAAGGGUAAGAAGCGCGCAGUCCCAGAACCUCAGUCCGAAGAAGACGAGUCGACAGCUGCAGCUGCAUCUAGCAAACGUCUUAGGACCUCCACUAGCGCAUAUUCUCUCCGGUCUAGAGUAGACGUACAUCCUUCCAAUAUGACCAAGAAACCCAGAUCUACGGCGACAGGGAAAGGCAAGGCAGCAAUGAAGAGCAAAGCCAUGGCAGCAGCAGCAAGUUCAUCAAGAGCUGAAGACGAAGAUGUGGAGAUGGUAGAUGCCGAGUGUUUGCACGAAGAGCAUGCUGAGCCCAAUGAGAAGCACGACGAUCAAGGUGAUGAAGAGGUUAUAGAGGAGGGAGGUGAUGACGGCGGUGGUCACGAUGAAGGGGAUGCCAACGAUGACAGUCCAGCAGAGCCAGCGAAGGGUCUAAACGACGCCUUGGACGACUCCUCUGCCAUGUCGAUCUUUGGUGAAUUCCGCCACCUAGGAUCGUAUAUGAUGGGUCUAUCGAGUCGUCUGAAGGCAAUGUUGACUAACAUCAAACCUACCGCGGAUCCCACUACGAGGCUUGUUACGCUACAAGCGCUCAGCGAAUUGCUCAGUAUCAGCACAGAAGACACUUUGGCAGGUUCAUUUCAAGUGGAGGCAUUUAUCCGAGAACUUGUCCGAAUACUUGGUGGCACCGGAAACGAUUCGGACGAAGGUGACGACGAUGAUCCCCAAGAUCCUGACGAGGAUGCGGCCCUUGCGGCAGCUUUGGCCAUGAGCACCGGUGGUGCUCCUUAUCAAGGUGACGAGAAUCUGGAAGCCCAAGUUCUGGCGUGCAGAUGUCUCGCGAACUUGAUGGAAGCUCUGCCCGGUGUAGCUCACACCGUCGUUUACCAUGGCGCGAUUCCAGUGCUUUGCAGCAAGCUUAUUGAGAUUUCCUACAUUGACUUGGCAGAACAGACAUUGAGCACUCUGGAGAAAAUCUCGGAAGAAUUUCCCAGCUCGAUUGUGCGAGAAGGUGGCUUGGCGGCGUUGCUGAAUUACCUCGAUUUCUUCUCCAUUGCUGUUCAAAGGACGGCUCUCCAAGCUGCCUCGAACUGCUGUCGGAAUGUCUCUGCUGAGCAUUUCCCAAUGAUCCGUGGAGUUUGGCCGAUCAUCCGUAAUUGUCUUGGUUACUCUGAUCAGCGUCUGGUGGAGUUUGCAUGCCUUUGUGUCAUCCGUGUCGUGGACUCGUAUUAUCGCUCUUCUCCAGAACACCUUGAAGCUUUGGUCGACGUCGACCUCAUAAAGGCGGUGAACCUCCUCCUUCUCCCAGCCGGUGGAUCUCCUCUGAUUGCUGCAAGCACGUUUACCUUACUACUGCGAGCUUUGGCGACGUCUGCCCGAGCAAGCCCUAAGAUCACCUUGGUCCUUCUUGAGGCUGGCAUCGUGGAGACACUGUACCAGAUCCUGACUGGCGUACUGCCUCCGGCAUCUGACAGUGGUGAGGAGCAAGGGGAUUAUGUCAGCGGCCAGGGAUUGGGCGGUGGUUUAGCUGAUAUGACUGUUAUGGAGAAUUUGGCUCAUCGUCCUAAGGAGCAGGUUGAGGAGACACUCAGUCUCAUUUCAGAGUUGAUGCCGCCGUUGCCCAAAGAUGGCGUCUUUGACCACAAGUCGUACACGGAGAAGGCUUUUGCUAAGAUGACUAAGGCGAAGACGAAGGCUGAUCGAGCUGCUGCUCGUCAAGCUGUAGUAGCAGCAGCCUUCAUGAAUGCACCAUCAGAGCUUCCCGCAGAGUCCGCGUCCAGCUCUGUAUCCGCUCGAUGCUCUACUCCUGAUGCUGGUGCUGCUGACUCGUCAUCGGUCCAGGAUGGCGAGGAAGCCGCUCCAGUUAUCCCUGCUAAAGAGUCGACUUCCGACCGUACGGAGCUACUUCGUUCAAAACCCAAUGUCGUCGGACGCUUCUUGCGACUCAUGGUCCCCAUACUGGUGGACGUGUACGCAGCAAGCGUGAUCACCCCGGUCAGAAUCAAGACACUGACUGGGUUACUGAAGGCAGUCAGUUUUUUGGAUGGAGAAGAAUUGAAAGCAGUGUUCAUUUUCGUCCCUGUGGCGAGUUUUGCUUCCUCAAUUCUGUCCUCUAAGGACCAUCCAACACUUGUGAUUGGCGCCCUCCAAUUAGUGGAACUGUUGUUGAGUAAGCUCGCUGCAGAAUACAAGCCGGUCUUCCGGCGUGAAGGAGUCCUCCAUGAAAUAGAGAUGCUGGGCUCUCGGAACAUCUCAUCGAAGUCCAAGGAAAAAGACAAGGACAAGGACAAGGAGAAAGACGUAUCUGAAGUACCUUCACCAGCAGAGCCUGCUACGCCUACACAUACGUCCAUCUCUGCGUCGAUAGCGGCUACGAUUCCUGGCUACAAGAAGCUAUCUUCGCUUUCACUAGAACCUGAUGACGCCAUCACGCUUCGUGCUCGAGUCAUUCGAUUCAAGUACCUUCUUAGCGAGGAACACGAUGACUCCGAUGAUGUGUUCGCAACUUUGCGCCGACUAGUCGACCGCGUCUCAGAGCAAUCAACAUCUGAGACACAGUUGAUUGCAGCUCUUGGAGAGCUGGCCGGUUUAUUUGCUUCUCCCCACACAUCUGUGUCAAGCUUUGAACUGCUCCAAAGUGGAGUUGUCGACGGACUUCUCCACUUCGCGACCGACACUGAUCGUAGUGUGAGCCUGAGUCGUCGACAAGAGUUAUUCUUCUCUGCCUUCAGCGCCCGUAAACUCAAGGGUACAAACAGCCAGACCUCGUUUGCUACAUUUGUCAAAAAGCUACAGGAAAGCUUGACAAGAAUGGAGUCGUUUGACGUAGUCACUGUAGCACAAAGUGCAGAUGAUUCUAAGCGCAGUUCUCCUUCCUUGCUCGCUCGGCAGCUUCGCCUUCGCUUAGUUGCCGCGGAAGAUUCAGAUAUUCCGCGUAAUCUGAGCAACAUCGUGGUGUCAAUUCAUGCGAUCGCAACCUUCCAGGCUCUGCAUGACUAUUUGCGUCCUCGAGUUGCUGGUUCUCUUCCAGGUGGCUCACGCUUGUCUGGCAUGCUCGCUGCUCUCGCAGCAUCUGGAUUAGCUCCCCCAUCUGCAGCCCGAGACAACGUAGAACAACCACCAAAGGCCGCGUCAACUCCUGCUGGAACAGAGAGUGGUGCAAGGACAUCACCAUCUUCAGGUGAAGCAGCAGGAGUUCAUCGGCGACGUAGCCUUCGUCUCAGUGCGAAGAAGGCAACAGUCGAUGCACCUGCGGAGCCAGCGCAAGGAACUCAGGAGGAGGGCAGCCAUGAAGCCUCGGAAGGGCCGACGGCCUCCACUGUACCCGAACCUAGCGAUGCCCCUUCCGCGGAGAAUGCAUCCACUGAGACCAUGCUCAAUGAUACUGAGUAUGCUGCCGAUUUCACCGACGAUGAGGUCGAUGUCGACGCAGAUGUCUUUGAUGAAGAAGCUGACCCAGACAGCUCGGUCACAGAGAAAACCGUUACUGUUUCUGUGGAUGAUGAUGGCUAUAAGGUGGAGGCGCAGACUCCCGAUGGAACACGGGUACCCACUCCAAAUCUAGCUAGAGCCUUCCCACCACUACCUACCCCGCGUAAUACGUCGACGCCCAAGGGUUCCUAUGCAGCUGCUUUGAAGGCGAAGCCAAGCGAUUGGCACUUGGAGUUUUUCAUGGAUGAUCACAAGCUUCCUCUGGAUCUGACAAUUUACGGUGCUAUCCAUCAGCAUGAAAUGCGAAAGAAGUCUGGCCCUACUCUUCCACUAAGCAUGAUCUGGCAAGGAGUGUACAGCAUCAAGUUCAAGAAGGUGCCUGGACCACCACCGGCCCCAGAUGCUCGUGGUGAAGAUAUCACACGAAGUCGCUCACCAGGUCCUACACUGUCAUCUCUCCCAGACGACGCUCCAUCUGCCAAAAUCCUUCGCUUACUUCGUGUUCUUCACAAGUUGAAUGCCCACGAAAGCGAGCGGCAAUCUGUACUUGCGCCAAAGCGCAUACUUCCGGAGUCGUCAUUUGUCAAUAACAAGCUCACAGCCAAACUUACACGACAAUUGGAAGAACCUAUGAUAGUUGCUAGCUCAUGUUUGCCUGACUGGGCGCUUGAUCUCCCUCAACAUUUCCCGUUCCUCUUUCCCUUCCCUACCCGUUACAGCUUCUUGCAGUCGACAUCGUUUGGUUAUGCGCGCCUAAUUCUUAAGUGGCAGAGCCAGCAAAAUCGAUCUCAGGACACCUCUCGCCGAGACGACGGUGUAGGCUUUCUGGGUCGCUUGCAGCGACAGAAAGUCAGGAUAUCUCGCCAGCACAUACUCGAGUCGGCUGUGAAAGUGUUCGAACUGUAUGGCUCUUCGUCGUCGAUAUUAGAAGUGGAAUACUUCGAAGAGGUCGGCACCGGACUGGGACCUACCUUGGAAUUCUACUCUCUUGUCUCGAAGGAGUUUGCCCGGAGAGACUUGAAGAUAUGGCGUGAUGCAGAUUCAUCUCUACCUGGCCCUUAUGUCCACCACCCCCUCGGUCUGUUCCCCGCCCCUAUCAGUGUCGCUAGUAUCGCAAAUGAUGGUGGACAAAAACGAACGCACAUCUUCCGGGUCAUUGGCCAGUUUGUUGCGAAGGCAAUGCUAGACUCUCGCAUCAUCGACCUCUCGAUGAACAAGAUUUUCCUCAAGCUCAUCCUUGGAGAAGAUGUCCCAUUGACUGUCGAUAGUCUCAGACGCGUUGACCCUGAUUUGGCCGCUUCACUGGCACAGGUUCAAAGUUUUGCUGCUACGAAGAGCCAGAACGACAAGUUGCGCCGCAAGCUCGCGAUGGUAGAAGAAGUCAACGUGGAAGAUCUCGCCCUUGACUUCACAAUACCGGGGUAUGACAUUGAGCUAAUGCCCGGUGGACGAAACGUGUCUGUCACUGCCGAGAAUGUGGAUCAGUACAUCCAGGACGUCAUCGACGCUAUUAUCGGUAAGGGCGCACAGCUGCAAGCGAAGGCAUUCCGGGAAGGAUUCUCCAAGGUUUUUCCUAUCACCGACUUGCAGGCGUUCACAGCAGACGAGCUGGUGAUGCUGUUUGGUAAUGGUGACGAGGAUUGGAGCUUAGAGACCCUGAGCGAAGCCGUAAAGGCUGACCACGGCUUCAACGUCGAGAGUCGUGCGAUCCGUGAUUUGCUCGAGGUCAUGUCAGGUUAUGACGCACCGGUGAGAAGGAGCUUCCUCCAGUUCAUCACUGGUAGCCCGAAGUUGCCGAUCGGUGGCUUCCGGGGUCUCAACCCACCCUUGACUGUUGUACGCAAGCCCCACGAAGCACCUCUCACAGCGGACGACUACCUGCCUAGCGUAAUGACGUGUGUCAACUACCUCAAGCUGCCGGAGUACUCGUCAAAGGCCGUGAUGAAGGAGAAGCUCGGGAUUGCGAUGAAAGAAGGCGUUGGCAGUUUCCACUUGUCGUAA